UCCGCUAUGAGGAAAGCCGCUGUUUCUCUGCUCUCACCUCAGGCUCGGACUCAAUAAAUACACACACUUUAAAGCAGAAUUGUUGUGAAACUUUGACCGUUUACAGUGAUGGCGACCAUCGGGGACUUCGACCCUUUAAACAGCAGCGUCCCUGCUACAAAGAUCGAAGUGACCGUGUCGUGCAGGAACCUGCUGGACGUGGACACGUUCUCCAAGUCUGAUCCAGUUGUUGUCUUAUACGUGCAAGGAAUUGGGACAAAGGAAUGGAGAGAGUUUGGCAGGACCGAAGUGAUUGAAAACACUCUGAACCCAGACUUUGUGAGGAAAUUCGUUUUGGAUUACUUCUUCGAGGAGAAGCAGAACCUCCGCUUUGACGUAUACAAUGUGGACUCCAGAAGCUCCAACAUUUCGAAGCAUUCUUUCCUGGGCCAGACUUUCUGCACUCUGGGAGAGAUCAUUGGCUCGUCUGGAGCUCGUCUGGAGAGAACGCUGUCGGGUAUUCCAGGCAAAAAAUGCGGGAACAUCGUAUUUACAGCAGAAGAGCUCAGCAAUUGCAGGGAUAUUGCCACCAUGCAGCUCUGUGCCAACAAGCUGGAUAAGAAAGAUUUCUUCGGGAAAUCAGACCCUUUUCUGGUGUUCUAUCGCAGCAACGAGGACGGCACGUUCACCAUCUGCCACAAAACAGAGGUGAUCAAAAACACUCUGAAUCCAGUGUGGCAGCCCUUCACCAUCCCUGUACGUGCGCUGUGUAAUGGAGAUUAUGACAGAACGGUUAAAGUCGACGUUUACGACUGGGACCGAGAUGGAAGUCACGAUUUCAUCGGCGAGUUUACCACCAGCUACAGAGAGCUGUCUCGAGGCCAGAGCCAGUUUAACGUCUACGAGGUCCUCAAUCCCAAAAAGAAAGGAAGGAAAAAGAAAUACAUAAACUCUGGCACAGUGACGCUUUUGUCCUUCAAAGUGGAAUCCGAGUACACCUUCGUGGACUUCAUCAGGGGCGGGACUCAGCUGAACUUCACGGUAGCCAUAGACUUCACUGCUUCCAACGGUAACCCAUCCCAGCCCACAUCUCUCCACUACAUGAGUCCGUAUCAGAUGAACGCCUACGCGAUGGCAUUAAAAGCAGUCGGUGAAAUCAUUCAGGAUUAUGACAGUGACAAACUUUUCCCUGCUUAUGGGUUUGGGGCUAAAAUUCCUCCUGAUGGAAACGUCUCUCACUCGUUUGCUCUGAACUCCGACUGUGAGAACGCUAACUGUGUGGGAAUCGAGGGAGUCCUGGAAGCUUAUUACGAAUGUCUGAGAACAGUGCAGCUCUACGGACCCACUAACUUUGCUCCUGUCAUCAACCAGGUGGCACAGGCCGCGACGGGUGUGACGGACGGCUCACAGUACUACGUGUUGCUGAUGAUCACGGACGGAGUCAUCUCAGACAUGGUGCAGACUAAAGAGGCCGUGGUCAACGCUUCCUCCCUGCCCAUGUCAAUCAUCAUCAUCGGGGUGGGGCCUGCGGAGUUUGAAGCGAUGGAGGAGUUGGAUGGUGACGAGGUCCGGGUGUCCUCCCGGGGCCGUGUCGCAGAACGGGACAUUGUUCAGUUUGUGCCGUUCAGGGACUACAUCGACCGCUCGGGAAAUCAGGUGCUGAGCAUGGCUCGUCUGGCCAAGGACGUACUGGCUGAGAUCCCUGAGCAGCUGCUGUCUUUCAUGAAGAGCCGUGGCAUCGAACCCAGACCUGCUCUGUCCCACUCUCCUCCACCACAUCUCCACGUACAUCUCUGAUCCCAUAUCAAGCAUCUGUUCACAGAUUAGCUGCAUAUAAUA